UCCUUCCCCUUUCCUUCCUGAGCCUCGGCCCGUCUGCCGUGAAAAAGAAAGAUGCGAAACAGCUGCAGCCCGGCGACACCGGGCCAACACUGAACCGAGGCUCGUUUCCAGCGGAAUGGCGGCGAAGCGGCAGCCGACGGACCGGAGCGCGAACCAAGUAGCUGUUUACUGGCCUUGAACACGACGCGAGCGCCGCCGGAGCCUGGAGGAGCGGCGGGUGGAGCUGCAGCCUGCCGGGCCGAGCCGAGCCGAGCCGAGCCGAGCCGCUGUCGUCUCCCGUUCUGCUGACGAUGCUCAGCCAGCCGCUGGACUGAAGCCUCCACAGCACCACAUCUCGAGUCCAGAGCCGAUCUCUCCUCGUCCUCCCCUUCUGGUGCCCUGCAAACUGCAUCAUGGAGCGCUCCGGCAGCAUCCAGUUGGACAUCCCGGACUUUAGUAACUCGGUUCUGUCUCACCUGAACCAACUGCGUGUUCAGGGCCGUCUCUGCGACAUUGUUGUCAAUGUUCAGGGCCAGAGCUUUCGCGCUCAUAAGGUGGUCCUCGCCGCUAGCUCACCCUAUUUCCGGGACCACAUGUCUCUAGGCCAAAUGAGCACUGUGUCGCUGACUGUUAUUCGAAACCCGUCAGUAUUCGAGCAGCUGCUGUCUUUCUGCUACACGGGCCGCCUCUGCCUGCAGCUGGCUGACAUCAUCAGCUACUUGACAGCCGCCAGUUUCCUGCAGAUGCAGCAUAUCAUCGACCGCUGCACCCAAAUCCUGGAGGGCAUCCACCUGAAGAUCAGCCUGGCUGACCUGGACGAGGAGCCCAGAGAGGAGGUGGCGCGGGGGUCCAGGGGCAGCAGGACACUGGAGGCCGUGGUGCGAGGAGGGAGUCAUCAUGGUGGGCUGAGACUGCUUGGACCGCGGGGAGGUUCAGGGGUGUGUGAGGCAGUCAGUCCUGCUGAGGAGCCGCUGAGCCCUCCACCGAUAGUGGAGCACAGUGGGCUGGAGGGGCCCAGGGCCAGCGGCAGCAGAUCGGGCAAGGAACCGAUUCUCCGAAUUAAUCGGGCCGGUCAGUGGUACGUGGAGACAAGCAGUGAGCCUGAGCGGACCGACAGCGCAGAAGAGGGAAGUGGUGUAGAUGGAGUCAGGAUCAAGACAGAAAGGAUGGAGGAGUGGAUUGGAGCAGGAGAGCACCAGGAAGAAGGUGGGCCGGUGGAGGAGGGGGCCACGGUAAUGAUUGACACAUCAGGACGCAGUACAGUGGUCACGGGUCCAGUGGGACCGUUGGGGGCUCGGAGCGUCCAGCCAUCCUCUAGCUUCAGCGAGACAGACAGGUUCAGUCCCACCGGAAGCGUGGUGGUUCUGGCAGACCGUCAGCGAGCAAAGAGUGAGUCCCCCAACAGGCCUGACGAACUGCGGCAGCCAAGCUCCCAGGGGGAGGAGCCUGCAUCGUUUGAUAUUGGCGGCUAUGAGGAUUACUUGAGGGAGCAGGUAGGAGACCGCUGGUUCCGUUACAACCCCCGUCUUACCUGCAUCUACUGCUGCAAGUCCUUCAACCAGAAAGGUAGCCUGGACCGCCACAUGCGUCUGCACAUGGGUAUCACGCCAUUUGUCUGUCGUAUCUGUGGUAAGAAGUACACCCGCAAAGACCAGCUGGAGUACCACAUCCGCAAGCACACUGGCAACAAGCCCUUCCACUGCCACGUCUGCGGUAAGAGCUUCCCCUUCCAGGCCAUCCUCAACCAGCACUUCCGGAAGAACCAUCCCGGCUGCGCUCCUCAGGAAGCUCACAGCGCCUCCCCUGAGACAACCACCACUUCCGUCACAUCUAGAGGUGGUCCGAGUGAUGAAGCCUCCCCCAGCCAAGAGGAGCCUGAGGGCGGUGGCGGUAGCAGUGGAGGGGGCCAGUACGGGGAGGGGCCCCAGGCCUCUGUCUCCACCACAGGCCCCGACUGACACUUAGGGAGUAAGUAGUUUCGGGUGGAGGGUGACAGCUGUGGAGGGCUGAUCUGGUCUUGUACCUGCAGCCAGUACAGUAAGACAGUACCUGAACCCAAUGAGGUCAAAGCUAUGACAGAAAGGUCACCUCGGAAUCCAAACUGAGAUUUUUCCGCUUUAAACCGCAUCUACCUUCACAACCAAACCGAACGGAUUAAGCUAAAAUGAAGAAAUGCCACACACUCCAGCAACCUCAUAUGCCACACAGCAGUGGUUCUUGUUUGCCUCCAUCUUCUUUAUGUUACAGAUUUCUACUUUUAUAUUUACAGGUAUUACAGGUUCACAAUACAGCACCACAACAGUCUGUCAGGUGGAACUUUGCCAAACUACCUGGUGCCAGUUUAUGCGUCAAAGCCCUCAUGUUUGCCUUGAGACAAUCUGGAAGAGUCGGGUAGUUCAGUCACGAUCCUACAAGAUUAGUCACACAAAAAGCUGUAGAUGUUUUGUUCCAGAAAGAUUGGAGUUCCUGCUCUGCUCCAUUAGCCUGAUUAGAACAAAUCUGUAUGUGUGGAUACUUACCUUAAACACAGCUGUCCUUGGUUGUAUAGUUGUCUUGUGUUCUUUACAAGUAACCAUCUGUUGAUCGUCAGGAAUCUGGCGGCUCGAUGUUGCACAGUUAACCUAGAACACGUGUCGAGCUCCGGGCCUCGAAGGGCCGGUGUCCCUGCUGGUUUUCCAGCUCUCUGCUGAUUACCUGAAUCAGGUGUGUCAGUUGGCUUUUCCAGCUUGUCAUUGAUGAGAAGACGAUACUCUAGAUUCAGGUCAUUGAGAAGUUUGCUUUGCUGCUGGCGCCAUAUUUUAAAUAACCAAUACAUCUAAAAUAUAGAAGCAGAACCUUAACGGAAAAUGUCAUACUGGACUCUAAAGAACUCCAAUUCACCUGGAUUCAGUUCUUGGUUAGUUUGUAGACGGGACCAUCCGACAGCCUGUUGCAGGAAACGUGGCCUGUCCAGCGUCAGAUAAGCUACACAGCUCAGUUACCUCUCAUCACUACGCAAUACAGCUACUUCAGCGCCAAGCACAGCCACCGGGGGCGCUCUGCUCUGUCACAGGGCUCCCACAGGCGGCUCAGAUAUUUUUAUAAGCAAGCAUGUUGUCGUUGGUUUUAUUUUUCCUGGACACUUUUCACUAAACAAUGUGUGACAAAAGCUUCAUGGAGGGAACUGUCAUGACCUGAUCAGAACUGAUGCUGAAUUAACCUGCUGCACCUGAAUAUAUCUCCACUCGCUACGAUAAGAUAAGAUAAGAUAAGAUAAGAUAAGAUAAGAUAAGAUAAACUCUUCUGCUGGAAAAUUUUAUUAUUAGAGCCAGCCACAGAAAAAUCGCAAGAUGCAGAAACAGUUGGAAUCAGGAAAUUUUGCAAAACAACAUAACAAAAUGAAGACCCAAACAAAACAAAACAGCUCAAAAUGUUUAAAAGUAACUACAUUUACCAGGAGGCACAAAGAAGCUUAAACUGUUACUAAGUUACAUUUGUUAGCUUGUCUGCUAACGUAGAUGUUGCAUGUUGUAGUUCAUGCUCAUUAUAUUUGUUGCAUAGUGCUAGUUUGCUAAUGUCAGUUUAUUAGCUGAAAACAGAAUUAAUAUUACGAAUAAAAUUCAGUCUGUUAGUCAAGAUUAUUUAACUGAUGCUGUUUAUUUUACAUUUCAUUCUCCAUAAGCAAACAACUCAUACUCCAGUAAAUUCAACAGUGAGCUAAGCUGGCUGCUAUGCUAACUUUCUGGUUCUGUUACCCUUAAAUAAUACCUGCAUAACACCAAGUAUAUCAAGUAUACUUUGACUUAUAUACUUUGAAUACCUGAUGUAUCAUAUCUCAGAAUAUCGGCAUAUUCUGAGACAGAACAUGUCCCAAUUUCCUCCUAGUUUAUAAUAACAUUAAAUGCUAGUGAAAUACUGUUGUGGUUUGGUUUAGUGAGGACAUGUCUAGAUAACGUUAGCGCACUGCAGCCUUUUCAAUAUAAUGUCAAAAUAAGUGUGACGCACCAAUUCAUACAUGCAGCAGAGCUAAUUCAUUGAGACAGUUCUGAUCAUUGUGACACUAAUCCUGUAGCCAGAGGACACGGACUCUGCCAUACCACAUGGAUGUAGUCGCCUGGUAGAGCAGGAACCAUUCACACAUGGUUGGACCACCUGGCAACCAAACGAAUGACGGCACAGCCCAGUGCCCGGAACUCUGAGUGAGUGACACGGGGUCUUUUUAUACAAUUUUAAUCUACACAUAUUAUCAGACAAACAUAUUUAAACUUUUAGUAAAUGAGCGUAAAUGAGUUGAAUCCAGAGGACCAGUGGGCAGGUAGCACGUGCAUCGGCUCUUACUAGUUUUACAGAACUGUGAAUCCGAUUCUCAGUGGAUGGUCAUUUUUAUGCAAGUAAAGCCAGCGGCAGUGUCCAGCUGGACCUGAGAUUUGCUCCCACUCUUCAGGCUAAAAAGGAACUAUCAGGUAUACAGACGCUUUUCUUAAUUCAGUCAGUCAGAUGUUCACUUCUCAAUUCGUAGCAGAACGCUAAAGGCUAAACCUCAGACAAUAAAGCUCACUGUAAGCUGUAAAAACACAACAUGGGCUGGGCAACAUGGACCAGAAUGCAACCAUGGGACCUGGACAGGCUCAGCCUGACACCUCAGCAGGUCUUCAAACGUAUUUUUGUCUGUCUGUCAUUUUACUUCAUGCAGAAAUGUUGAGUUUAACGAUUUAAAUAUGCACUUCAUUACUUUAGGAAACACCAUUAAACAGUCCACUUCACACGAAGCAUCUGAAAAAUGUGCACAUUGUGACAUAUAUUAAAGGUUUGUGUUUGGACAUUAUCUCAGGUUUAUAACUCUAAUUUAAUCUAAUUAGCUGCUUGUUAAUUUAAAUUCACAUAUUAUUAAAGAGGUAACUUUACAAACAACAUGGGUUUCUUAAUUGUCCUUUGGUGAUUUAACCUGCAGCCCAUUAAGGUCUCAGCUUGUGUAAAUCACUCUUUCAAUUUUCAUCCUAAAGAUUUUGCCAUUUUAUUGUAUGUUCCUGGAACAAUCAGUUAUUAUUCAGCUAAAGCAUAAAUGACCUUCAGAGCCAUUUGUUCCUGUGCUGAACCAAACAAAUGUGAUUUAAUUUAGUAAUGAGUGUCUGCACAGACAGAACCACAGCAUUUCUUACAGUAGGGAUAUCAACCAUGUGCACACAUUUCAGAUCUUUCACAUGUUGCCCAGCUCCAACACACAAACAUAACAGACUGAGCUAACAUAGCAAUAGCUGCUUGUGCCAGUCCACUCGGAUCUGGUUCGGUCUCUGUUCUUGAGUAAUCUGUAAAGAGAGAAAAGUCGGGUUUAAAUCUGACUUUUAGAAGUAUCACAUAUGCGUUUCUCUGAAUCCUGUCUGUUAUGUCGGACACAGAAACCAGCCCUAACUAGAACUUCUAGUUGGUCCAGCCUCGCGGUUAGAACUUAAAGUGUCUGGUCGAGAGACCCCUAACCCAAACUGGGGAGGGGAACCCAUUUGGCAGCAUCACACUGAACUAAGAGCAAUGCUACGAUCCAAACAAGGCUCUUCCUCUUUGCAGAUUCCUCUGUUUAGUCUGUUUCUGUUCGGUUCCGCCUUCAGUCAAACUGUGAAAACAGCCCAACCUCAUUCUCACCAUCCUCUGGUCGUCCUGUCUUUGGGUCGAUCAAGGUUCAGUUUUUCUGAUUGGUGCCAAACGUUGCUUUUAUGUUUCUGUCAUGUUUCUUUAGUCUGCAAAUGUAACUUUUUGUUGUGUGAAUGAAAUGUUUAUAUGAAUAUUCAGUAACCUUGACCACAAUAUGCCUAAUUACAAAUCAUUAGAUGUACUCACUUAAUGAGAUUACGCUUUACUGUUGAUUCCUCAAAGUAUAUCCCUAAUAUAUCAAAAGAGAAAAUGAGUCAAAGGGAAAAAAAGUUUAUUAAAUUAACCUUUAAAUGUUACAUUUGUUUUGAAAAGGAGGUACUUAACACAUAAUAGACAAGGCUGAAAGCUAUGUGAAGCUCUUUUCUGUUGCAUGUCUCUGUUGAUGGAGGUGGUCAGAGGCCAAAGGUUGAUUAUUAGUUUAGCAAAAAUGUGAAGGCGCUUUUUUCACUAUGACCACUAAAUCAUCACAUGUUGCUUCCUUAGAGGAAAUAAAGCACUUUAUGUGUCCA